AUGGGAAGCUCACGGGGACGGGGACGACCAAAGAAAACGGUGUCACCGCCGCCGAAGCAGAUUAUUACUCAGACGACUCAGCCAGAAUGUAGCCAGGACAACGAUGAAACAAAUGCAAAGCAACAGUCACAAGACAUGGAAGCACAAUUGGGUACGAAAGAACAGUCUGUAACAGGUGAUAAAGGUAAAACCCUAGAACCAACAGACUCAACAUAUGCACAAGAACCGAAGGAGUAA